AUGGUGGAAAUGACUACAGUUCCCAGACUCGAGGACUAUGAUAUCAGCCCUGAAACAGGGUUUUUGCCUCAAGAGUUACCUCUUAUAAGACUCCCUCAAGAGUAUUACCAACCCUGGGAAGUUUUACUCGACAAUUUGCCACAUCUUCUUAUGACUCAAACUGUCAGAAAGCAUAUACAAAAGCUUCCUAAUUUAACCACCGACCAAUUGAGUAAUGUUAGAGAAUAUCGUAGAGCAUAUCAAUGUCUCUCAUUUCUUGCUCACGCAUAUAUCUGGGGUACUUCAAGUGAGCCAUUAGAUCGUUUAUGUGCUCAAAUUGCUGAUCCUUUGGUUAAAGUAAGUAACUACUUGGGUUUACCUCCAUUAGCUACUUAUGCUGGGUUAUGUAUGUGGAAUUUCAAAACAAUUAUGCCUUUAAAGGAAUCUGAAACUAAUCCUUGGUGGGAUAAUUUAGAUAACUUAUCCACUAUCAACACAUACACAGGAUCAUUUGAUGAAAGUUGGUUUUAUAUUGUGAGUGUGUACUUUGAAAAGUUUGGAGCAAAUGUUAUAAAUACGGGGAUAGAACUGUUUGCCAACUGUGUACAUGAUGAACCAGAGAAACUAGCUCUUAACCUCCAAAAAUUGGCGGAGUUAAUAGAUGUUUUGGGAUCCGUUGUUCUCAAGAUGGAAGAGAUGUGUGAUCCUCAUACAUUUUAUUUCCGAAUUAGACCCUAUUUAGCAGGAUGGCUGAACAUGGCAGAUGCUGGAUUGCACAAGGAUGGUGUUUUUUAUGAAGGUCAAACCAAUAUGCGUUUUAAGUUAGCAGGCGGGUCCAAUGCUCAAAGUUCUUUGGUUCAAUUCAUAGAUUCAUUAUUGGGAAUUAAGCAUUAUUCUACUGGAGAAAGACCAUUACAAAAGGAAUUGAGACGGAAUGAACAAAGUUCCAGUGCUGCUCCUCAAUCAUCAUUUAUGAAUGAUAUGCAGAAUUAUAUGCCCCGGAAACAUCGUGAAUUCCUUCAAGUUCUCGAGGCUACGUCACCUAUUCAUGAAUAUGUUAAAGCAAACAGUGAAAAGCAUCCUGGUUUAAUUAUCAGUUAUGAUGGUGCAUUAGCGAUGAUGAAACUGUUUAGAGACAAACACAUUCAAAUUGUGACCAGAUAUAUUGUUCUUCAAGCCAAACAGUCCAAUAAAUUGGGUUCGUCGACAACUUUACGGUCAGGCUUGGCAAGAAGAAAGAAGGAAGAAAGAGGCACAGGAGGUACAAGUUUGUUACCUUUCUUAAAGCAAUGCAGAGAUGAAACUGGUGAUCCAGCAGUAGGUACAUGGGGUAAGCGUAUUCUCACAGAUGGUGUAAUGCAAUUAAAAUAUUCGCAAAAGAAUGGUAUUAAUGAGGAUUGA